AUGGCGACGAGCAAUCCAGAGUUGCAGGAGAAGCUGCUGGAACUGGAGCAUGAACUCGAGGAAGGAGAUAUUACAGAAAAAGGUUACCAGAAACGGCGAACGCUGUUAUUGUCACAAUACCUUGGGCCAUCCUCUGGUACCGCCGAGGUGAAAGGUCUCCGGAUACACUCACCAGAUAACACUCUACACCCCUCGAAUGAUGGCUCGCGCACCGCCUCACUCGCAGCCCUUACUGCGAGUUCGAUAUACCCAGAGCAAACACUAGGCGCACGAGCUCAGCCGCCUUCCAGACCGACAUCUAGUCGAUUAGAUACAAUGGCGAGCGACUUCGGAAGUAAUAGAGCCCAGGAAGGGGGCUUCCCUAGUGAAAGGCCGAAAGAGUUGCGGCUUGGUAUCCAUAAUCCAGUGCCGAGACAACCGUCGUCCGGUCAUGAUUCGCUCUUCCUACCCAGAACUCCUACAUUUGAUGGAAGGCAGGGAGAUCGGGGUAUGACAAUGGGAUCGACCAAUUCAGGGGCAAACUAUGCGUUUAAUCCGGAAUAUCAAUCGGGGCAUACCGAGCAAGCCGGUGAAGUUUAUGAUGGCCGGACUGGCACAAUGGUGGAUUCCCACGGUACAAUGCUAGGAGAGUCACAACAACGAUACUUCUCUGAUUUUGCGGGCCAGCAGGGACACGAUAAUGGACUUCCAAAUUCGUACGGAGGCGGGCCUCAUAAAUACUCGUCGAGUGACGCAUUCUCCCCAACAGCUGCCAUGGCGCCACCCAUGUUAACCACUAAUGACCUUCCCCCGCCCGCUGCCCUCGAGUAUCAGAUGCCAUUGGAGCCCAGGGAAGUGCCCUUUGCUGUGUACGACCCCCAUGAUGGAAACACGCCCAUGUCGAAGUUCGAUAAUAUUGCAGCUGUCUUAAGACACCGCAGCCGGACGACCGCCAAGGCGCCAGCUUAUUGGGUUCUGGAUGGCAAGGGGAAAGAAAUCGCGUCAAUAACCUGGGAUAAACUUGCCAGCAGAGCCGAAAAGGUAGCUCAAGUGAUCAGGGAUAAGAGCUCUUUAUAUCGUGGAGAUAGAGUCGCCUUGAUAUACCGGGAUACGGAAAUCAUUGACUUUGCUAUUGCCAUACUUGGCUGCUUUAUUGCUGGUGUAGUUGCUGUUCCCAUCAACGAUCUCGAGGACUACGCGAAGCUAAAUUUAAUUCUUACAUCCACGCAAGCACAUCUAGCGCUCACCACAGACUAUAACUUGAAAGCAUUUCAACGCGAUAUUACCACUCAAAAACUCAACUGGCCACGUGGAGUAGAAUGGUGGAAAACAAACGAAUUUGGAAGUUUUCACCCCAAGAAGAAAGACGAUGUGCCACCUCUGACCGUCCCUGAUCUUGCAUAUAUCGAGUUCUCGCGAGCCCCUACUGGGGACCUGAGGGGAGUUGUGAUGAGCCACCGUACAAUUAUGCAUCAGAUGGCUUGUCUAAGUGCCAUUAUUUCUACCGUCCCAUCGAACACUGCCGAUACAUUUAGUGCACGUCUUAGAGACAAAAACGGCAGGCUCAUGGCUGGCGGUAGCAACCAUGGCGAGAUCCUGGUCUCUUAUCUGGAUCCCCGACAAGGCAUUGGCAUGAUUCUCGGCGUUUUGCUGACGGUGUAUGGUGGCCAUACAAGUGUCUGGAUGGAAAACAAGGCAGUUGAGACGCCUGGUCUUUACGCACAUCUCAUCACGAAAUACCGGGCAACUCUGAUGUUGGCUGAUUAUCCCGGUCUAAAAAGGGCAGCCUAUAAUUACCAACAAGAUCCAAUGACAACGCGGAACUUCAAGAAGGGCAUGGAACCUAAUUUCCAGCAUGUCAAACUCUGUUUAAUAGACACUCUGACAGUGGACAGCGAGUUCCACGAAGUGCUUGCUGAUCGAUGGCUCAGACCAAUGCGAAACCCAAGGGCGAGGGAACUAGUGGCGCCGAUGCUCUGCCUACCCGAACACGGUGGCAUGGUUAUUAGUAUGCGGGACUGGCUGGGUGGAGAAGAGCGGAUGGGUUGCCCUUUGAAACUUGAUAUGGGCUCUGAUAGCGAGCCAGAGGAGAAGCCGGAGGUAAAGGAGAAACCUGUCAAUGAUGGCUUCGGCAGCCUCAUUGGAGGUACAACUACAACGCCUACGGAACAGCAGGGAAGAACGGAGCUGAGCGAAGUUCUUCUAGAUCGUGAAGCUCUCAAGACCAACGAGGUGGUGGUGGUCGCCAUAGGAGACGAGGCACGCAAGAAGGCCAGUAGUGAGCCUGGCACCGUCCGAGUUGGAGCCUUUGGGUUCCCAAUACCCGAUGCCACUCUCACCGUCGUUGACCCUGAAACUGGGUUACUAUCUUCCCCACAUUCUGUGGGCGAGAUCUGGGUUGACUCGCCAUCCCUGUCAGGGGGCUUCUGGGCCUUACCGCGACACACAGAGCAAAUAUUUCACGCUCGUCCCUACAAAUUUGACCCAGGUGAGCCUACACCUACGAUGGUCGAGCCGGAAUUCUUAAGAACUGGUUUGCUGGGGACUGUCAUCGAAGGCAAGAUCUUCGUCCUUGGACUGUAUGAGGAUCGAUUGCGGCAGAAGGUUGAAUGGGUUGAACACGGACAUGAAGUUGCCGAGUAUCGUUACUUCUUUGUGCAGCAUAUAAUCGUGAGUAUCAUGAAGAACGUUCCAAAGAUUUACGACUGCUCCGCGUUUGAUGUCUACGUCAAUGAGGAACAUCUCCCUGUGGUUCUACUGGAAUCCCAAUCAGCAUCAACCGCCCCUGUUACUUCUGGAGGCCCUCCUCGACAACUGGAUACCGCAUUGCUUGAUUCGUUAUCAGAACGCUGCAUGGAAGUGCUUAUGCAAGAGCACCACUUGAGAGUUUAUUGUGUGAUGAUCACAGCACCCAACACAUUACCGAAAGUCCUUAAAAACGGGCGAAGGGAGAUUGGGAACAUGUUGUGCCGACGGGAAUUCGAGCUUGGGAACUUACCAUGCGUGCAUGUCAAAUUUGGUGUUGAGCGGGCCGUUCUAAACCUGCCAAUUAGUGUGGAUCCAAUUGGCGGUAUCUGGUCACAGAUUGCUUCCCAGACACGAGAAAAUAUUUUGUCUCCCGGCGACAAGCAAUACUCGGGCAUUGACCGACGCGAAGUCGUCAUUGAUGAUCGCACGUCUACGCCGCUAAACAACUUCACUAGCAUUGUCGAUUUGCUGCAGUGGAGAGUUGCACGACAGUCUGACGAACUUUCUUAUUGCACAAUUGAUGGCAGGGGCAAAGAGGGCAAGGGUAUUACAUGGAAGAAGUUUGACACCAAAGUUGCUGCUGUAGCCAUGUAUCUCAAGAACAAGGUUAAGGUCCGAUCUGGUGAUCAUUUGAUACUUAUGUAUACGCACUCGGAGGAUUUUGUAUACGCCGUACAUGCUUGCUUCUGCUUAGGGGUUACGGCAAUACCAAUGGCUCCUCUGGACCAAAACCGCCUUAACGAGGACGCCCCAGCGUUCCUCCAUAUGGUGGCGGACUACACUGUCAAGGCCGUGCUUGUGAAUCAAGAUGUUGACCACCUUCUCAAGCAGAAGCCUGUAUCACAACAUCUCAAACAGUCGGCUCAGGUUUUGAAGGUUUCCGUGCCAAACAUAUACAAUACAACCAAACCCCCGAAACAAAGCAGCGGAUGUCGCGAUCUUGGGUUAACUAUGCAACCAGCGUGGGUUCAGCCUGGCUUCCCUGUUCUCGUCUGGACAUAUUGGACUCCGGACCAACGACGUAUAGCAGUACAGCUGGGUCACGAUACCAUAAUGGGUAUGUGCAAAGUACAGAAAGAAACGUGCCAAAUGACGAGCUCGAGGCCGGUCUUAGGUUGCGUUCGAAGCCACAGCGGUUUGGGCUUUAUUCAUACCAGCCUGAUGGGUAUAUUUGUCGGCGCACCCACCUACCUUGUGUCGCCAGUUGAAUUUGCCCAAAAUCCUAUUUCACUAUUCUUGACUCUAUCAAGAUACAAAAUCAAGGACACAUAUGCAACUCCUCAGAUGCUGGAUUACGCCAUGUCCGUGAUGCCGGGCAAAGGUUUCACUCUGCAUGAGUUGAAAAAUAUGAUGAUAUCUGCAGAAGGGCGGCCCCGCGUUGAUGUAUUCCAGAAAGUCCGGCUGCACUUUGCGGCGACUGGCCUUGACCGAACAGCUAUCAAUACGAUCUAUUCGCAUGUGUUAAACCCGAUGAUUGCGUCCCGGUCAUACAUGUGUAUCGAGCCGAUCGAACUUUGGCUUGAUACGCAGGCAUUAAGGCGGGGUAUGGUCGUUGCUGUCGACCCAGACUCCGAGCCCAAAGCUCUCCUUGUCCAGGACUCGGGAAUGGUUCCUGUCUCAACCCAAAUAGCGAUUGUGAAUCCAGAAAGUCGGAGUCUUUGUCACGAAGGGGAGUACGGCGAAAUCUGGGUUGAUUCAGAGGCCUGCGUCAAGUCGUUUUAUGGAUCUAAGGACGCCUUCGACUCGGAGAGAUUUGAUGGCCGGACAAUUGACGGUGACCCAAAUGUCCAGUAUGUUCGCACCGGAGAUCUUGGUUUCCUACAUAAUGUUAGUCGACCAAUUGGCCCCAAUGGCGCACAGGUCGACAUGCAGGUUCUCUUUGUCUUAGGCAAUAUUGGUGAGACUUUCGAGAUCAAUGGAUUGAGUCACUUCCCCAUGGAUAUUGAAUAUUCCGUCGAGAAAUGCCACCGAAAUAUUGUGCCGGCAGGCUGCGCUGUUUUCCAAGCUGGUGGACUUAUUGUCGUCCUGGUUGAAGUAGCGAGGAAGGCUUAUCUCGCCUCAAUCGUCCCAGUAAUCGUCAACGCUAUCCUCAACGAGCAUCAGAUAGUAGUCGAUAUCGUUGCAUUUGUCAACAAAGGCGACUUCCCACGGUCAAGGCUGGGGGAGAAGCAGCGCGGGAAGAUUUUGGCCAGCUGGGUUACACGCAAGAUGCGCACCAUGGCGCAGUUCGGCAUCCGAGACCCCGAUUCAGGCCUUUCUGAUGUCACUGAAGGAAUGGAGCCACGCAACGGGGCUGCCAGCCUUCGGAAUAGCAGCGUUAUGGCAAGUAGUCUUCGCCAUGUUGAGCCGGCUCCUCAAAUCCUCGAGGAACAGCAGCGUGAAAGAGCGCAAGCUGACAGUAUGUACGUGCCCUUGCCCACCGGCAUCUCGGAAAUGCCAGCAUACAAUUUCGAUGACCCGAUCGUCGAAUCACCCAAGAACAGUAAUGGCGCAUCGGUCAACAGCGACGACACGCCGACGAACAGCCGCCGUGAUCAUUUCGAGCUCCCCGUUCCUGACUAUAAUGCCCAAAAUAAUAAUCUACUCAAUCUUAAAGGUAGUAAUGAGUUUAUGGUUCCAUUCGAUUCCGCCAACGAACCCCCACCGCCGGUUGGGCCCAAACCAGGAGCGAGUCCGCAAAUUAACCUGCCAGCCGCCGACGGACGCGAAGGGGAUAUAUGGACCCUACCUAGCCAGCAAGGGCGCGGCCUGCGGAGUAGUUCGCAUGAAGAUGAUGACGAUCUAUGGAAGCAAGAAGCAAUUAUGCAUAUGAAUCUUGCGGAUCGGACUGCGACGAACCAACAAGAACGCGCCUACGCGGGCAGCAGCACGAGCGCCAGCAGCACGAGCCGCGCAGCAGAGCGGAUGGAAGUCAUUAUUCUGGGAUCGGGCGGCGGACCUAAGGAAGACAAUACCACUGCAUUCUUGGUACGAUCCGUUUCGACAGCCUGGAAAAGAAACUCUUUGCUCGCAGUCGACGCAGGAACUCAUUUAGCAGCGAUAUCUAAAAUCCUUGAGCAACACUCGCCUAUCCCAGCUCCAUCAAAUGAGCAACAAUCCAACACCAGCACCUUAACCACGGGACCGUUCAAAGGCCUCGAGGUCUCGAGUGUUAAACCAGCAGCCAAUGCUGCGUACAUCACGCGGAACCUGAUAGACACAUAUCUCAUUACUCAUCCUCAUUUAGAUCAUAUUUAUGGCUUCGUUGUAAAUACAGCGUCCCUACUAGGUUCUCGUCCGAAACGUCUUGCGGGUUUACCAAACACGAUCGAGGCUUUCAAAAAUCAUAUUUUCAAUAACGUCAUCUGGCCAAAUCUUUCCGAUGAGAAUAAUGGCGCCGGUCUAGUGACUUAUAUGCGACUGGUCGAGGGCGGCUCCCCAGCGAUAGGCGAGGGCGACAGUAAAGGCUAUGUGGAGGUCUGUGAGGGUUUGGGUGUCAAGACGCUGAGUGUCAGCCACGGCCAUUGCUUCGAGCAUCACAGCCAUCGAGGAUCCGGUGCCGGUCUGGGGGCAAGUUUCUCCCUUGAUUCGCCCGGUCGCUCCACCCCGUCAGGACAUCAAACGUCUCCGCGCAUAAAUUCUGGGAUGUCAUUUGGCCCAGCUGAAUCAAUAAGGUCGGAUUCCCGUGGUGGUCGGAUUUGUGUGUGUGACUCCUCGGCAUAUUUCAUACGUGAUAUCGCGAGCGGAGACGAGAUCAUCAUAUUUGGCGACGUGGAGCCAGAUUCCAUCUCGCUGUCCCCACGAAAUAUAACCGUAUGGGUUGAGGCGGCGCCAAAGAUCGCUUCUGGGCUGCUGAAAGGGAUAUUUAUCGAAUGCUCGUAUGACGACUCACAAUCCGACGAUAGACUAUUCGGACAUCUCGCCCCCCGAUUUCUCAUCGAAGAGUUGAAAGCUUUAGCGACCGAGGUGCAGUGUUGUGGCGGCGACAGUAGGGAGAGGGCAGAUUCUAAGAAACGGAAACGUCCCAGUGCUAGCAAUGCCGUUGAUGACCUCCGCCGUCGGACAACUAGGGCGUCAGUAGGCUCGCAAUCGCCUAUUAGCCCCUUGACGCGGACUCGGUUUGCUGCCAUUGAGAUCCAAUCAAGCCUUACCGACGAGCCUCUAAAUUAUGGCAGCCAGUCUUCUCGAGAGAAUUCAGUACUUUCUAUUCGUGGGAAGAGCGAGUUUCCAUUGAAAGGCCUUAAGGUUGUUAUUAUACAUGUGAAGGAGAAACUGGAUGAUGGGCCGGAGGUUGGUGAUAUUAUUUUGGAGCAGUUACAGGCUUAUGAGGAGGAGGCGAGGUUGGGUUGUGAGUUUAUUAUCUCCAAGAGUGGAGAGGCGGUGUAUUUCUAG